GCGCAAUAAUUUAUGGGCUCGGCUCCAAGACGUCGCCGGACGAGCUCUAUUGCACAUUGAUCGAGAUUGACACCGACAGAGACGACUUCAUUGAUCUGAAAGAAUUCACCGAGUUCCACCGUGAGGAUCGGAUUCAGACGGCAACAAGAAGGAGCUUUCACGACGCUUUUGACAUGUAUGAUAAGGACAAGAACGAUUUCAUCUCUGUUAUUGAGUUGCACACUAUGUUGCUGCUCGUUGAAUGA